GGGAUUUGUUUUGCACUCUUCACACUUCCUCCAUCUGCGUGUUUUCAUAAACAAACCACAUUUUUCUCCCGCCAGGGACGGCUCUGCUCUGUUUUUGGACCCUUUGCCAGUAUUGUCUGGUUCGCUUUGGACUCAGAGGAACUAGCUGUAGCGUGACAGCAACUAAGGCUCUACGGCCGUUUUUUUUUUACUUUUUGUCUGGGUCGUCAGCGCGUGGUGGGCUGCUGCACCGAGUCGAGCUGAACGGCCUACCGUCGUUUUUCAUCACCUUUUUCGAGUUGUCGCCCUCGUUGACACGCUUCAUUACUCUGAAAAGCUGCAUUUUUAUCAGACAUGGUGAAGCUCACAAAGGCCAAGACUUUCCAGGCUUACCUGGACUCCUGCCACCGCCGUUACAGUUGUGUGCACUGCCGCGCCCAUCUGGCAAACCACGAUGAUCUUAUCUCCAAGUCUUUCCAAGGCAGUCAAGGACGAGCUUACCUCUUUAACUCUGUGGUGAAUAUUGGCUGUGGUCCUGCAGAGGAGAGGCUCCUGCUCACAGGACUCCAUGCAGUGGCCGACAUCUACUGUGAAAACUGUCACACCACACUUGGCUGGAAAUACGAACAGGCCUUUGAACUCAGUCAGAAGUACAAGGAGGGGAAGUAUAUCAUUGAGCUCUCCCACAUGAUAAAGGACAACGGUUGGGACUGAAAAAGGAAAAUACUUGUUUUUUCUUCACGACUCAAAAAAAAGGUUGCAUGCCCUCAAGGGUUUAAGUGUAGCUUCCUCAUCCAGCCUUCAAGCCAUUGCUGUGCCACACUGUCAUGUCAUACAACUUUGCUAAGAAUAGCAUGUGAUGCCUUAUCUAUCUUCUGUUCUUCAUGAUUGUCCAGCAGCACACGUGCUGGGGUUGUUAUUCCAGUUAUAGCUGUUCUGGGACUGAUAAGUGUAUGGUUAGGGUGUGUGUGUGUGUGUGUGUGCACGCUUGUGUGGAAGCGAGGGUGUUCUUGUUACACAAGCACCACCGACUGAGUUGGGUUUUAAAUCAAAUGCAAUAGUUAUCACUAAACAGUUUUGCAUUGAGGUGGUGAGGCCGUGAAUGUUAACAAAUUUGAUCUUAAACACCCUGAUUGAGUUUAUCGUUGCGUCUUUACCCAAAUGAGUUUCAGUAAUGGGGUUUGUUGAAAUGGUAGAUCGUUUUGAGUAAACUUUGUAGGAAUAAAAUGGGAACGUACAGAGCAGCAGGCAAGCUCUUUUUAUUUUUAAUGAAUGGCAAUAUUUUUUUAUUGUGAAAUUAAUGACGUGGCUAUCGGGUGUUGAUUUAUGAUUAUUAUUAUUAUUUUUUCCUUCGUUAUUUUUAAAUUCAACAGAAUUCUCCUGCAAGAAUUUUUGAGUCUGUAGAAUGAGUCCUCUGUUUUGAGUUUUAUGAAGCAGGUGUUAGCGGCGUGUUGUGAAGCAUUAGUCGAUUCACUUCUAGCUAGUCCACUGCUCACAUGUGAUGGCUUCACUUCCUGUUAUUUUGGUUCUAAUGAGGUUUAUCCUUCAUACAUUUGCGUGCUAUCUAACACUGAGCUGCCUGUACAGACAUAUUAGCUUGAUUGUGUUAGUGCAAAGUGUGGUUAGGAUUAUGUAGCAUAUUUAUGGUGAUUUUUAUUUUUUAAAUGUCUGCUUUCUUUAAAGUGUUAUUUUAACCUAGUCUUUCAUUAAACUACAGUUUGCCAGUAAAAUGA